CGGGCCUAUGAAUCAUCUUCAUCUGUGUGUGUUUACUCACAGAUGCUUGGACGGACAGAACAUACAGUCCUAAAUACGUAAACUCUCUCUCUUACACACACACACACUAACACACACACAUACACAUACAAACACAGAGAUUCAUUACGAGCAUGAAUGAAACAACUCUGUCCUUCAUCAAGGUUAAACAGCACAUCCAUACACUAGUUCACACUGACAGAUAGCUACAGCUAGUCAUCAUCCACCCACCCUACCACAUCUACCUGUCCACACACACACACACACACACACACACACCCUACCCUGAGUCUCCAGUAUGGACUCGUUGGUGAAGAAGAAGCUGGCUGCCCCUGUGAAGAAGCUCACCUCUUGUGUGACAGGGGGCAAAAACUGCCACCUGUGGAGCAAGUACCGAGGCAAGAGGGGAAAAGCAGGGAGGUCCAGGGGCGCCGCUGGACAGCGCUCCAGCUACCUCCAGGACCCCUGCGUCACGCGCUCCUAUCAGGCCGACCUGGAGAAGGCCAGGAAGCAGCGAGAAGCUAUGAAUGCUCAGAAGAAUGCUGAGAGAGCAGCCAUGAGAGCUCACUUCAGGAGGAAGUACCAGCUCCCUAAGAAUCGCAAGGAUCCCAGCCGCCUGAGAAAGGUAGGAGGUAAGGUGGCUCUCCCCCGUGAGCUGGCGGCCAUGAUUCAGCCCGACGCCCCCUCCAAAGAGGACACCUACAGCCUGCUCAGCGCGUUCCAAGGCCUUAGCGUUAACAUGGGAUUUCUCACUGGAGAGAAGCACACCAAGACCCCCACCCAUGUCAGUAAGGACUGCAAGGUCAUGUGAGCUGGCGAUGGCCCUCUGUUGCACGUCUCUAUUGGACUGAAUUUCCUAAUUUUUCCAUCAUUUUCACUGCGGAACCAGCAUGAUGUCACCGUGCAGCAUCCCUUCUACUUCAACACCAAGUGUCAUCAGGUUCUGGAGGGAUACGAUGACUGAUUGGCCAGUGUAAAUGACACAUUCCCAGCCUUUAGAAAAAAACACACGCUGUAUGUGUCUUUCACACAUAGGACCUUCAAGAACACAUUCUGCUCUGUAGUCAGGGGGAAGAGUAGAAAUGAUGGUUUCCUGAUUAGUUCACCUCAUGUGUGGAGUUUAGAAACCCCCCAGGGAUCAGGUCAGAAGCAGUUUAUUAUGAUCCACUGACCCUUGAUCCCUGGCACCAGCCUGGUAUUGCACUCUGGCUUGGUUGUUAUGACCAGAGACACAGCCCUUUUUUGUCCGUUCUUGAUAAAUUGGAUACCCCCUUACUGAGUGGAACCCCAGUAUGUUGAAAAUUGACAUACAGUACAUUUCCCACAGUGUGUUAGGACUGAAGUGAGCUUGAUCUGAAGUUAUAGGAGAUAGCCUAGGUGUAUACUGUUCUAUAUUACAGUAUUGAAGACUGUCAUGUUUCUAUUAUUAUUAUUUUUUUUCUGUUCUCCCCCAUGUUAUGUAAAUAUUUAGCUCUGACUUGAAUGCAGUAUCUUUUUGUUUAUCUGUAAAUAUUCUUAAUUUCUU